AUGCCGUCGCAUGGCGGCUCCAGUGGCAAGCACGUGGCCCAGUUUCGGCUCCCGCAGUCCGUGAAGUACACGGAGACCGGGGGCUACAGCACCGACGGCUCUGAAGCUCCGAAGGUCGAGAAGGACUUGGACCAAGGCUGGGUGGAGUGGUCGGCCACGGGUCUGAAGGAUGCCUCGAUGUUCGACCUCACCUGUCACACCAAGGUGGAGCCAGAAAUCUUCAAAAAGAAACCAGAAACCCUAAACCCUAAACCCUAA